AGUUAUUUCGGGAUUAAUUCUGUGCAUUGGCGCCUUGAUCUGGUGGUGGCAGAGAUCAGCAAGACUCUACUGGGAGAAGAAUGGAGUGUCCUACAUUCCAGGACCUCCCUUCAUUGGUGCCCUGAAAGAUUGCUUAACGUUCAGGAAGAGCUUUGGAGAGCUUUAUUGGAUAUCUAUAAUCAUGAAAAGUUUAAAGACGAUUCUGUGACUGGAGUUUAUUUCUUCCACAAACCAUGCUUGGUUGUUCGUCAUCCUGAGUUGAUCAAAAAUAUCCUUGUGAAGGAUUUCGCUAAUUUCGUUGACAGGCCUGCGAAUUCUGAUCCACACGAAGAUAUAAUUGGUACAGAUAAUUUAUUUGCGGUUAAGGGUCUCCGUUGGAAAACCAUUCGAGCUAAAGUUUCACCGGUAUUUACAGCUGGAAAGCUGAAGAAUUUCUUCCUCCUUUUGGUGGAUAUUACAAAAAUCUUGGAACAAAAGCUCCAAAAAGAAAUUGGAGAUGAAUCAAAAGAAUACGAAAUGAAGGAAUUUGUAUCAUUCUUCACAACAGAUACAAUCGCCUUGUAUGCCUUUGGAGUACAGGCAAAUAGUCUCCUGAAUCCCAGAGCUGAAUUUCACAUUAAUGUUAAAAGAACAUUCGAUUUUAAUUGGAAGAGAGCUUUUCAGUUUGCUUCGUGCUUUUUCCUCCCAGAACUUGCUACAUUGUUUCGUUUUGCAUUCUUCUCGAAGGAAACUAAUGAAUUCUUGAGAUCUUCGAUUAAUUUUGUAAUGGAAGAGCGUAUGAAGAGUGGGAAGAAGCGUAAUGAUCUCAUUGAUGCUCUCAUUGCUAUGAGGGAGGAAGAUUCUGAGCUCUUCAAAGGAGACACUCUUGUGGCACAAGCUGCUGUUUUUCUUCUUGCCGGCUAUGAAACAUCCUCAUCUGCUACGUGCUUUGCUUUAUACGCAUUAGCUCGACAUCCAGAAGUUCAAGAAAAACUCAGGAAGGAAAUUAAGGAAUACAUGAAGAAAUACGGGUCUGUUCAAUAUGAAACUAUCCAUGAAAUGAAUUACUUGCAAUGCGUCGUUCAAGAAGCUCUUCGCAUGUACCCACCCCUGCCAUUUUUGGAUCGUGUUUGUUCCCCACCGGAUGGAGGAGAGUAUUAUUCUCUGGAGCCCUAUCAUAGCUUUGCAAUUCCAAAAGGAAUGCCCAUCUAUAUUCCCCACAUUGCCAUACAAAGAGACGAAAAGUUCUUCCCGAACCCAGAAGAAUUUAUUCCUGAAAGAUUUAGCCCAGAGAAUCGAGACUCCAUCAAUCAGUAUACCUUCCUGGCUUUUGGGCUAGGACCACGGAAUUGUAUCGGAUUGAGAUUUGGGUAUUUGCAGGCGAAACUGGCUCUCAUCACGAUUCUUAAUAACUACAGAGUUGAAGCUACAGAGAGGACCCCCAAAACAAUUGAAUUUGAUAAGAAAGCUCUCGUUGUGCACUCUAAGGAGCCACUUUUUAUGAACCUAACCAGGUUAAGUCAGGAUUAAUUAUUAAGUCUUUCUUUUGGAGUAAAUUCCUAAGGAAAACUAUAUUGUGGGGAUAUAGGUGAUGGGUGAGAAAGAGACGGAUGUAUAAUAAAUAAAGGAAAUAAAGGCAGAGGGAAUUAAUUAUUAGUAUAAAACAGGAGGUCAUGGGCUCAUUAUGAUCAACAUUUUUGGUGUUUUUAUUAUUCACAAAAUAUGAUUUUAAUUUUAAAACUUUUUUUUUCAAUAAAAUUUUUUUAAGA